UAAGUCCUAAUUUUAUGAAAGCAUUCUGCCGCCAUUCUUUUAGCCUCUGGUUUUCGAAAACUUGUCGAUACAACAACGCAACACUGCUUGUUCUUGGCAACUACAGCGGUGUAAACCAAAUAAAAAACCGAAACUCCAUUGACAAUCUGAAAUUCCACCAAACCCCUCUUUAACAAAUGGAUAUUGCUUUCAAAUCUUCGAGGUUUCUUCCCCUCAACAAGAUACCCACUACGCGCAUCGUUUCCCCACGUCCUUGUACCAUUUCCGUCUUCCAAUCCAAGCGCUUUGCUCCGAUUGCGGCCCUUACAGCCUCCCCUGCAGCUGGAUUGUCCGAAACAUUCAACAAAUUGAGAGAGCAGGGCAAGGUCGCAUUGAUCCCCUACAUCACUGCUGGUGAUCCUGAUCUUUCAACCACGGCUGAGGCAUUGAAGGUGCUUUCCACCUGUGGAUCAGAUAUAAUUGAACUUGGGGUUCCAUAUUCGGAUCCCUUGGCAGAUGGUCCGGUUAUACAGGCUGCAGCCACUCGGGCCUUGGCUAGGGAGACAAACUUUAAUGCAAUCAUUUCUAUGCUGAAGGGGGUAAUUCCUGAACUAUCUUGUCCAGUUUCCCUUUUUUCGUAUUACAACCCUAUUCUUAAACGUGGCAUUGAGAACUUCAUGAUGACAAUUAGAGAUGCUGGGGUACGAGGGCUUGUUGUUCCAGAUGUUCCUCUUGAGGAGACUGCAGUUUUGAGAGAGGAAGCUGUGAAGUACAAUAUUGAACUGGUACUCUUAACUACACCAACCACGCCAAAAGAUAGGAUGAAAAACAUCGUUGAAGCUUCAGAAGGAUUUGUAUAUCUUGUGAGCUCUGUUGGAGUUACAGGUGCCCGCACAUCAGUAAGUGGUAGAGUUCAAUCUCUCCUUGAGGAAAUUAAAGAGGUUACGGAAAAACCAGUAGCAGUUGGUUUUGGUAUAUCGAAACCCGAGCACGUGAAACAGGUGGCUGGCUGGGGGGCAGAUGGUGUUAUUGUUGGUAGUGCUAUGGUGAAGCUGUUGGGUGAAGCCCAGUCCCCUGAGGAGGGUUUGAAGGAGCUUGAAACCUUCACCAAAUCCUUAAGAUCUGCACUCUCUUGAUUGAAUAACGGAGGGCUGUUUCUUUCAUCUAUAAACAGGUGCUCAAAAUUACUCUUCAAAGAUUUCCCUUUUCUUUUAACAGUCAAUAAAACUGUCAGCUCAUAUUUUCUUUGAAGGUAUUUGUCAAUAAUAUUAUGAGCAAAUUUUCUA